AUGGCAUCCGCGGCCGCUCAAACAGAGGCAGCUCUGACGCCUCCAUCGGGCAUCGAGUCCAACUUCGACGGGCCGGGAGAGGCAUUGCAUAUGUGGAAUCUUAUCACACAGGGUCUCUGCAUCUCCUUAACGUCGAUAAUUUUCUUGUUGAGGAUGGUGUUGUUCGCUUGCUUGGUGGGCAAAUAUGGUGGUGGGUAUCACCAAUGGGAUGUCCCAAAGGCAGAUCUUGUCCCGUUCAAUAAGACCGUGUACGGGACCAUGGUCAUAUACGGACCAGCCGCAUUUCUCACGAAGGCAUCCAUCCUCCUAAUCCUAACCCGAGUUUUCGCGCCUUACCGCAAAACGGUAAGGUUCAUAUAUGUAUACUUUGGGGUACUGCUCGCGUAUUAUGUUCCCGCGAUCAUCGUUAAAAUCCGCAUCUGUAUGCCCAUAUCCCACUUUUGGAUGGGUCAGGCUUCGAAUGGGUCAUGCUUGGAUGAACGAGCCAUUAUUCUAGCUGAUGCAAUUAUCAGUGUCGUGAGCGACUUGACAAUUUUGGUCUUGCCGCUUCUUUUGACCCAUUCGCUGCAGAUGUCUCUUAAGAAGAAAAUCCGCGUCAUUGGCAUUUUGGGGGCAGGUGGUUUGGCUUGUGCAUCGAGCAUUGUGAGGCUGGUUUUGAUAGUCCAGAAGGGGAAUGCCAAAGAUCAGACUUAUGUGUUCAUGCAAAUCAACCUUUGGGGGAACGCGGAGGUGAGCAUUGGGAUAAUCUGCGCCUGUCUCCCGUCGCUCGCCGCGUUACUCAACCGCGUAUCGAACGAAUACAUGUCGCGAAAUGGCAGCAGGAGCUAUGACUGCGAGCUGGCCGGAACGGACACACUGACAGGGUCCAGCUCCAAAAUUGGGUCCCAAGGCAGCUUUAAUGAUGCAGGGUCCGACCAAGAAAUCCUAGCCGCACAUGCACAGCCAGACUUGAAGGUUGAGACUGCAAUCCGAGCUGACGAGCCAGGCACUAAGCAUUCCCACAACCACGGGCUUCACUCCUUCACUGGCCAUGGGAUCAUGAAAACGGUUGAUGUUUCGCAUACAAUCACCACUAAGGAAUGA